AUGACCACGAUUGCCAGUCUGCGGCGCAUGUCCGCCAAGUCUCUCUCCGAGAAGAUUCUGGCCGAGAAGGACGCUGCGAACACCUCUUUUGCCAUCAUUGACGUGCGAGAUGACGACCACAUAGGCGGCCACAUUAGAGGUUCCACCAACAUCCCCAGCGGCCAACUCGACGCCAUGAUGCCCACCCUCGUGCGCAAGCUGCAGGACAAGAAGACGGUCAUUUUCCACUGCGCACUAAGUCAGCAGCGUGGCCCGAGCGCCGCCCUCAAGUAUCUCCGCGAAAAGGACGGGCUGCUGAGGAGUCUUGGUGGUGGAGAGAAGGUCACUGCAGAGCAGGACGUCUAUGUCUUGGACGGGGGGUUCGUCGGCUGGCAGCAGGUCUAUGGAGAUGAUGAGCGGCUGACGGAAGGGUAUGUGAAAGAUAUUUGGGCGAGUUACUGA